AUGGUGGAGACCUUUUGCUCGAGGGUUAUGGGCCCAGCAAAUCGCGUGGCGCGUCGCCAAGGAAACCGCGAACGGAAGGAAAAAGUUUUUACAUACACGUGCGCGGACGCCCAGAAAAGUGACGCCAUUCUCGCGAUCGGAAACGUUCGACGGGACGGCACCGAAUCGUUUUUCACGGUGGUUGCGGAGGAAGGCGUGGCGGAGCGGGUGCGGAAGGAAGCACUGCAGAAGUCCCGGAAGGAAGAGGACGAAAAGUGUAAGUUGUUCCUGCUCAAGACAAUCGCCGAGCCGCAUCGGGAAGUCGUUCGUGGAAUGUCAUCGCCGAAGCUGAUUUGGGAAGCCCUGGAGGAAGUGUCGAACCGGAAAGCAGCGCGUGCCGGAAGUAACGGAAUGUUUCCGUUCAAGUGUUGCGUUUGCGGGAAUCCGGGGCACAAGAAGGUGGACUGCUCGCCCAAGAAGAAGGCAAAACACGCUGCCGGAAGUGUGCAGCAGCCGAAGAAGGGGAAGGUGCAUGCGGCGGAAAGCAGUGCCGGUGCCAAGGAAGAUGUGCUGUUCGUGCCAGAAGCGGAAGAAGCCAACAAUGAGGAAGCAAACGGAAAGUUCCGUUGGGUGCUGGACAGUGAUGUUUCCGAUCACAUGGUUGGUGAUUGGAAUCUACUGGUGAAUGUGCGUCGGAUGGAAACCCCGAAGGUGGUCAACGUGGCCGAAGCAGGAGUGACGCUCGAAAGUCACUUCGUCGGAGAAUUGAAAAUGAAGGCCGGCGUCGGAAAAAGGACGUUAAACUGCACGGUUCACGACGUCCUGUACGUGCCUGGAUUGACGACGAACCUGUUCUCCGUGGAAAAGGUGGCUGAGCGCGGAAUGGAAGCCUCGUUUGGACGGAAUCAUGCUCGCAUUUCGAAGGACGGAGAUGUCAAGUGCACUGCAACGCGGUACGGAAGUUUGUUCGUGCUUGACGUGGAGCUCGAAAUGUGUGGAUCAGACGUGGUUUCUGAGUAG